AUGGCUCCUAAAUCCGUCGCUUCCAAAGCUCCUGCUUCUCAAGCCUCCAAGGCUCCCGCUGCCGCUUCCAAAGCUCCCGCCAAGGCCGCUAAGACCUCUGCUCCCGCUAAAGAAGGUGGUAAGAAGAGAUCCAAGAAGAGGGUCGAAUCUUACUCUUCAUACAUCUACAAGGUCCUCAAGCAAGUUCACCCCGACACUGGUAUCUCAAACAAAGCUAUGGCUAUCUUAAACUCUUUCGUUUCUGAUAUCUUCGAGCGAAUCGCAUCUGAAGCUUCCAAACUCGCUUCAUACAACCACCGAUCAACCAUCUCUUCUCGAGAAAUCCAAACCGCCGUGCGACUUAUCCUCCCUGGAGAACUUUCCAAACACGCCAUCUCUGAAGGUACCAAAGCCGUCACCAAAUACUCUUCAUCCAAAUAG